GAUAGUUACAAAAAUACUUCCACCUAUAAAAAAAGACAACAACAAUCAGAAAUUUUAACGAUAGUUUUUCAAAUUCAUUAAAAUACUUUUAACGAUGAACAUACAAUAAAUUUGAGAAAGAUUCUUUCAGUGAUAGUUUCGAGUUUCAAGCUCUCUAAUGAGAAUUGAAAUAAAAAACAAUUUUUUUGUGACCUUGAGAAAACAAAAUUUUCUUUCCCCAAAUUUCGUAAAUCUGAGUCAAUAACAUAACAUCUCAUCAUUAGUCGAAAUAGUCGUUGACUUGCAUCGAACGUGUCAUUUGAGUUGACAAGACCUUUCGCCAUGCUCGAUGCCAGCAGCAGUGAGAGCGAGAGAGAGCAUGCCCGACAGAAGGCGAGCAUGAUGUGUUCAGGUUUUGUAGUGUAGGGCAGAUGCUCAGUCCAAUAGCACUCGCGAUGUCGUUCGGAUGUCCCUUCCGGUUUUCAAAAAAAGUUAAAAACAAAAAAUAUUUACCGGUAUCAGUUUUUUUUUAUUUAUUUUUUUUUUUUUUUGACGAGAAAUAAUUGAGUUUGUGCGCGCGUCGAGUUUUAAAUUUCUCUCGUGCUAUUUUGGGGAAGAAAUGAAAACAACGUUGCAAUCUAUAAGUGAAAAUUUUAUGUUAACGAAAAAUUGUUGAGAAGAAAAAAAAGCCUAAGUGCAUUUUCUUGUUUGAGUAUAUAUAAAGAAAUUUAAUAUAAUCAAUGCAAAAAGAAACUAUUGUGUAUGCGGUGAAUCUGUGACAUUGUUCCCAAUGGUUUCCUUAUUGCCUUUCACUCUACUCUGUGCAGAAUUUUAUUAGCUGGUCCAUAUAAUAAUCUUGGCUACCGAGUGGAAGCAAAGACAGUACGGACAAGAAAAAGAAAGGAAAAAAUCAGAAACAAAGAAAGAGACAUGUCGACCCGGGUAAAAAAGGAUUUCGAGUUUCCUAUCUUGUGACCUUUUGUACGGAUCAACAUGUAACUGAACUAGAAAGAAAACAAACAAAACAACCCAUGUUCAUCAAAGACUCUUUUUGGAUCCAACAAUCCGGAAGUUGAAUAAAAAAAACGGCUCACAAAUGAUUUUCUGACGAAUUCUUUAUCUAUUUUUUUUCUUUCGUUUCUAAUGUGCUUAAUUUCAAUAUGUUUUUGUUGUUUAAUUUGGUGAACAAGAAGAAAAAUUAAUAAAGAAGUAGAACAUGGAAGAGGAUGACGCUGAUGAUAUGCGAGAAUCAUUAACGCUUGUCAAUAAAUUUGUGAAACGACAAACAUCAGCGAAAUUAUUAUCAAGUCGUUCAUUCAAGAAAGUUAAUUCAAAUGACGAAUCAGAAACAAUGGAAUGCACAUCAGAGAAUGAGGUGGAAAAUAUACCGCCAGAUGAACAAGAAACAGAGCCAAUUGUCACGGAUGAGAAGGGUAACCGCAUAUCCGGUAGGGAGAAAUCAACUGACAAUGAACUUCCCGAUGUCUCUGAAGAGAUGUCGGAAAUUUCCGAGAUCUCAGAGGCGCGUGUUCAAUUACACAAAAGUGAAACACAAAGGCAUACAACAACAGCCCGAAUACAAAUUCAAAGUUCAUCGUCAUCAAAUGAAACUGAGAAUCCACCGCGAUGUAGUUUUGCACGUUAUGGUGGUGCACGAUUAUUUAUGUCGACAAAUCGUAGUCCCCAAUCGAGUUCAAGUCAAGAGGAAUAUGAACCCGAAGUGAAGACAAUACCAAAACAAAAUUUAUUGACAAUUGGCUCGAGUCAUGUGACGGCACGUUCAAUGGAAUCAUUGAGAACGUCGAGAAAUUUUUUGAGUGCCGACGAUCGUUAUUGUGAGGAUUCAAGAUCACUUGAAUCAUUAUCAUCGGCAUCGGAAACGCACAUUGGCUCUGGUGUUAAGGGGCAAUAUCGAAGUUUUUUAACAUCAUCGAGAAAGGAUAUGCGGCGAAUUGUUGCACUUGAAUCGAAGAGUAGUGAUAAUCUUCAUCGUGAGGAGAGUCUUAAUGCUGAAGUUCGUCGUGGUCUGUUUGCUAAUAUGGGUCUUGAGAGGAGAUUACCUCAGCAUUUGAGUUUACCACCGCCAUCGGGUAUGUUUUCAUUGACGAGCCCUGGAGGUAGUGAUCGACGAAUAACCAUCCUGAGUCCACAUUCACCGCUUCCGGCGCCUGAUUUUCAACAAAGUUUCACCGUCCAAAGUCUCAAGGGCAGAAGGAAGAAGGCGAUCGUCUUGCCGAGGUUGGUGUUGCCACGAAGCGAUUCCGAGGUCUUUUUAGAUUUUGAUGUGGAAAAUGGCGCGUCAACGCUGGACGGUGGCGCAGGGGGAUGUGGAGGUGCAUCCCCAAGUGCAGGUCUGGUUUUACAGAAUCUGCCACAAAGGAGAGAAAGUUUCCUGUACAGAAGUGAUAGCGAUUUUGAGAUGUCGCCAAAAUCGAUGUCACGGAACAGUUCAAUUGCCAGUGAGAGGUUCAAAGAGACAGAGCCGCCUGUCGAGCGAGCGAUAUUUACCGAUCAAUACAGUCAUGGCGAGGACCUCAUCGUCACACCCUUCGCACAAAUCCUCGCUUCUCUGCGUUCGGUUAGGAACAACUUUUUAUCACUUACGAACGUCCCUACGAACAAAUCGAGGAGGAGUAGUGCAGCCCAGGGCAGUAGUACGCCUCAACCACGGAUCCUGGCACCCGGAGAGGAGCCCUACGUGAAACUAGCUGUGGAAACGAUGGAGGAAUUGGAUUGGUGCCUGGACCAGUUAGAAACUAUUCAAACUCAUCGAUCCGUGUCUGACAUGGCCUCCCUGAAGUUUAAAAGGAUGUUGAACAAAGAACUUUCACACUUCUCGGAGUCAUCCAAGUCUGGCAAUCAGAUUUCUGAAUACAUCUGUAGCACUUUCCUUGAUAAACAACAAGAGUUGGAUUUACCAUCCCUACGAAUUGAGGAUGCUGUGGCUCCAACCGGAAGUGCGGACGCAAGAGCGGCUAAGAAAAAGGAUCGACUACAAAAAGGACCAGCCGCGAUGUCCCAUAUUAGUGGUGUUAAACGACCCUUAACGCAUACUAAUAGUUUCACCGGUGAACGAGUACCUGUACAUGGUGUUGAAACACCUGAUGAAGAAAAACUUGGCAAGCAUCUGUCGGACAUUGACAAGUGGGGAAUCGACAUCUUCAGGAUAGGUGAACUCAGUAAUAAUAGACCGUUGACCUGCGUGGCGUACACAGUCUUCCAGAGUCGUGAUCUGCUCAAUUCCCUGGCAAUUCCUCCCAAGACCUUUGUCACAUUCAUGAUGACCUUAGAGGAUCAUUACGUCAAGGAUAAUCCCUUCCACAAUAGCCUUCAUGCAGCAGACGUCACACAAUCCACGCACACUCUUCUCAAUACUCCUGCACUUGAGUCUGUAUUCACGCCACUGGAAAUCACAGCAGCUCUUUUUGCGGCCACUAUCCACGAUGUUGAUCAUCCUGGUCUCACGAAUCAAUUCCUGAUAAAUUCAAGUUCAGAACUCGCUCUGAUGUACAACGACGAAUCAGUGCUGGAAAAUCAUCAUUUGGCAGUGGCGUUUAAGCUUCUACAGAACGAAGGCUGUGACAUCUUUGUGAAUAUGACGAAGAAGCAACGUCAAACAUUGAGAAAAAUGGUGAUUGAUAUGGUGCUCUCGACCGAUAUGUCAAAGCACAUGACAUUAUUGGCCGAUUUAAAAACAAUGGUUGAAACAAAAAAAGUCGCUGGUUCAGGUGUAUUAUUACUUGAUAAUUAUACCGAUCGAAUACAAGUUCUCGAGAAUUUGGUGCAUUGCGCCGAUCUAUCAAAUCCAACGAAACCAUUGCAAUUGUAUAAGCGAUGGGUUGGUCUAUUAAUGGAGGAAUUCUUCUUGCAAGGUGAUCGUGAACGCGAUCAAAAUAUGGACAUUAGUCCAAUGUGCGAUCGACACAGUGCAACUAUUGAAAAAUCACAAGUUGGUUUUAUCGAUUAUAUUGUUCAUCCAUUAUGGGAGACAUGGGCCGAUCUUGUUCAUCCCGAUGCGCAGGAAAUACUCGAUACUUUGGAGGAGAAUCGUGAUUGGUAUCAAUCAAUGAUACCGCCAUCGCCACCAUCCGACGAUCAGCAAUCCAAUGAACAGCAGACUGAUCGAAUACACUUCCAGGUAACACUGGAGGAAGGAGAUGAGAGUGGCGAAGGAGUGGAGGGCGAACAGACAGCAAUAUCCGGCGAAGAAGGGGGCGGUGAGUCAGAAGAAACUGCCGGCGACGCUGGGAUGUGACGGAGGCUGGCCGGCAUUUGCAAGAAACUUCAUGAAAAGGUGCAACAAACUUGGUGGCGUGUACGUCAGUGACGUCUGUUUCUGGUUUUCUCGUCACGAUGACGAUGAAAAAAGAAGAGUCUCCUCGAAAAAGGGAUUCAGAUGUUUUUUUCUAAAAAAAAAAAAUCCAAGUCGUCCUUUUACCCGUAAAAUACUCGUGAAUUAACACAGUAAACAAAAAAAAGAGAAAGCUUGUGGAACAAGCAAUGCAAAAAAAGAUGGUGAAAAACAUUUUUUCGACCUGCAGGUGCUAAACAAAACGGAAACAAGAAAAGUGAGAGAGAAACAAGAAGACAAAAAUUUGAAAGCAGAAAUCGUUAAUUUUUUUUCUCCAUUCGGCUGGUCCGAAUUGACAAAAAAAACACACAAAAAUGGGAACGAAACGAAAGAAAAAAAAGAUCAAGAAAUAGAGGAAAAGAUAUCGAACGAGAAUGCUCAAAUUUCAAGGAAAAGCUCAACGUACGUUCUCAAAACAAAAAGCACAUCUUGGCAAGGAAACGAGUUCUGCUUAUCAAGAAAAGAUUAGUCAAUACUCGAAAAGCGAUUGGGAAUGCGACAAUUUUUUUUUGGAGAAGAAAAAUCUACGACUUGUACUAUUUCUGAAAACGAAAUUCCUCAUUUUGACAUAUCAAAGAAGAAAGCGAUUAAAAGGUGAGUGUAGUUAGAAAAGAUAAAAGAAGGUGAAUUUCGUUCAAAUCCGA